GCACGUGGCCAUGGAGGCUAUGAUUCUGAUUUUAGUGAUGAGGAGAAUGGAGAGAAGUCUGUGCAGAAGACUAAAAGCAUAAAGGAAGAUGGCCUUCUUAUAAAGCCAUUCCAAAAAGCAAAACAAGGCACUGUGGUUCACAGACAAUUUGCAGCUGAAGAAUGGGACAGGGAAGAAGCAAGAAAAAGAAGAUUCCACUUGAUAGCGAUGGACGCCUAUGAAAGGCAUAAAAAGUUUGUGCAUGAUUAUAUUUUAUACUAUGGUGGCAAAAUAGAGGAUUUCCGGCGUUCUGGGGUGAAUGACAAGACAGAUCUUGAUGUUAUUAGAGAAAACCAUAAAUUCCUGUGGCAUGAAGAGGAUGAAGCAGACAUGAAUUGGGAGAAGAGGCUUGCAAAGAAGUAUUAUGAUAAAUUGUUCAAAGAAUACUGUAUAGCAGAUCUAAGCAGAUAUAAAGAGAAUAAGUUUGGAUUUCGAUGGCGACAUGAGAAAGAAGUAAUUUCAGGAAAAGGUCAGUUUUCCUGUGGAAAUAAGCACUGUGAUGAGAAAGAAGGCCUGAAGAGCUGGGAGGUGAAUUUUGGUUACAUUGAACAUGGAGAAAAGAGGAAUGCACUUGUGAAAUUGAGACUAUGUCCAGAAUGUUCCUACAAAUUAAACUUUCAUCACAGGAGGAAAGAAGUCAAGGCACGGAAGAAAAGAGGCACAUCUGUACGGAACUCUAAAGAGCCAAAAAUUAAGAAGACGAAAUUGUCAUGUUCAGCAAAAAAUAAGUCCAAAAAAAAGAUCCAUAAAGAUGAGGCUUCCUCGGAAGAUUCAGAUAAUUCUGAUAAAGAUUCAGAUAACAGCAAUGCACAAGAUGGUCCUUCAGAUGCUGACUUUUGGAAAGGUCCUCUGCAAGAACCAGAUGAAAAAUCACGGGAGGAGGAGUUCGAUGAGUACUUUCAAGACUUGUUUCUCUGA